UAUCGUCUCGGAAACACGCGACUCACCCGCCAACUCGCCAAGGAUUGCUCUCACACUCGCGCGCCAAUAUUCCGGGACUCAUUACUCACGCAACCCGGACUCUCGAGGAUAAAAUGGCGCCAUCAAAGCAGCCCCAGCCGCCCUUCUCCAAGGACGAGCGCGUGCUCUGCUUCCACGGGGAGAUGCUUUACGAGGCCAAGAUUUUGGAUGUGCAGCCGAGCGACAAUGGCGAGGGCUUCCAGUACAAGAUCCACUACAAGGGCUGGAAGAGCAGCUGGGACGACUGGGUGUUCCAGGACCGCGUCCGCAAGUUCAGCGAAGAGAACAAGGACCUGGCCUCGCAGCUUCUCAACCAGUUCCGCAACCUGCAGUCGGGCAAGACGACUAAGGGACUGAAGAAGGCCCUCCGCGCAAACGGUUCUGACCUCGGCUCGGCGCGCGGUAGUGAGGAGCGCACGGCGGCGGCAACCACGCAGAGCGGCCGUGGCCCUCGUCGGGCACGAGACUUUGAUCUUGAGCAUGAUGCCUUCCACAGCCGGCCAUCGAUCAAGCUCCCCAUGCCAGACCACCUCAAGGCGAUGCUGGUAGACGACUGGGAGAACGUUACCAAGAAUCAACAGCUUGUUCCUCUGCCGCAUCCACACCCCGUUGAUCAAAUCUUCGACGACUAUCUCAACUAUGAGCGUCACAACCGCAUCCCGGGCUCAGCUUCGGUUGAGAUUCUAGAAGAGAUCAUUGCCGGCCUUCGCGAGUAUUUUGACAAGUGCCUGGGCCGUAUCCUACUUUAUCGUUUUGAGCGUGCCCAAUUCCACGAACUGCACCAGCAGUGGAACUCGGGAACGGACAGCGAGCACAGGAGUCCUUGUGACACGUAUGGAGCAGAGCAUCUGUCUCGCCUUCUUGUGUCACUUCCCGAGCUCGUGGCCCAGACAAACAUGGAUCAGCAGUCCGUGAACCGCCUCCGCGAAGAGCUCAUGAAGUUCACCCGCUGGUUUGGCAACAACACCGUCAAGUACUUUGUCAACGAGUACGAGACGCCCAGCCAGGAAUACGUCGACCAGGCGCGCAACGCUUAAUUUAGGACACAGUACCAAUAUUGGGACGCGAUACCAACUCAGUCCCCGCUUUGCAAACAACCAAACCGUUUAUAUAUCUAAGCGGUCGUCACAUUUGACUUCCCCGACCCACCUUCCGCAUACAUUGCAUGACCUCCAGCGACGCCGCCCUAUUUGCGCACA